AUGAUAAUUACUAUUAAAGAUAUUUACCAGCAGGUCGAAAAGUUUAGUAAAUUAGAAAAGUUUAAAGUUGGAGGUUGGGUAAAAUCAGUCCGGUCGGGAAAAGAAAAAAUUUUUAUUACUCUGAAUGACGGAUCAACUUUAGAUAAUUUACAAAUAAUUGCAGAGCGGGAAAGUUCCCCCGACGGUUUAUUAGGAAAAGUAAAUUUCUCGUCUUGUUUACUGGUAAGUGGCCGCUUAUUGCUUACUCCCCAGCGUUCUCAGCCUUUUGAAUUAGUGGUUUCGGGUUCAGAUUUGGAAAUUAUUAAUUCUACUGCCGAUGACUAUCCCCUACAAAAAAAAAACAUCCCUUUGAAUGUAGUGCGUGAAUCGCCUCAUUUACGGGCUAAAACCAACUACUUUUUGGUUCUUUUUCGCCUCCGCCAUAGCAUCAGUAAAGCCAUCCAUGAUUUUUUUCACCAAGAAGGAUUUUACUAUGUCCCCACUCCGAUUAUUACUAACAAUGACGCGGAAGGAGCCGGAGAGACCUUUAUCAUUACUACUGAUAAAAAAGAACCUUUUUUUUCACAACCUGCUAACUUGACUGUCAGCGGGCAACUCCAUGCUGAAGCCUUGGCUCAAGGAUUAGGCAAAGUUUAUACUUUUGAGCCUUGCUUUCGGGCUGAAAAAUCGCACACUACUCGUCAUUUAGCCGAAUUUUGA